CGGCGGCAGCAGUAAUAGCAACAAGCAGCUGCCUACGGCCGCCGCCGCCGCCGCCGCCUCUGUGAGGGUUUCUCUCUCUCGCUUGCUCUCUCCCCCCACCCCCGUUUCCCUCCCCCCCUCUUUUUCUUCCCUGUGUACGGGAGCCGAGAGGGGCCCCGCGCCCGUGCGCGAAGGUGGGCCGGCCGGGCUCCUCGCUUUCGCUUCCCCACCUGAGGGGUGGCCGAGGAGGCUUGUGACGGGAGGAGAGAGAGAGGGGGAAAUGCGGCUCCGCCGCCAGCAGCUCUGCCCGGACGCGACGCUUCCGCCACAGCCCCCUCCUCCGCCGUCUCCUCCUCCUGCUCCCUCCUCGCCCUCUUCCCCUCACGCCAUCGUCAGCGGGGGCCACGGACUAGCGGAGCCCCCUCUUCCAGUCCCGUCAGUAUGAGGCCGGCCGAGACCCCCCGCCAGCGCCGAACUCCGGAAGAAUACUGACAAUUGAAUUGCUGCCUUUAUACUGUAAAAAAUUGCAAUAAAGUGGGGAUGUCAAGAGUCUCCACUCCUCCACCACCUGGAGAGAUGUCCAGUGGUCCUAUAGCUGAAAGCUGGUGUUACACACAGGUUAAAGUUGUAAAAUUUUCUUAUAUGUGGACCAUUAAUAACUUCAGCUUCUGCCGAGAAGAAAUGGGGGAAGUUUUAAAGAGUUCUACUUUUUCAUCAGGGCCAAAUGACAAAAUGAAAUGGUGCCUGAGAGUAAACCCCAAAGGACUGGAUGAUGAAAGCAAAGAUUACCUUUCACUGUAUUUACUUCUAGUUAGUUGUCCAAAAAGUGAAGUGAGAGCAAAAUUUAAAUUUUCUCUUUUAAAUGCAAAAAGAGAAGAAACGAAAGCAAUGGAAAGCCAAAGAGCAUAUCGAUUUGUUCAAGGCAAAGAUUGGGGUUUUAAAAAAUUCAUUCGAAGAGACUUCUUACUUGAUGAAGCUAAUGGUCUUUUACCAGAUGAUAAGCUUACGUUAUUUUGUGAGGUGAGUGUGGUCCAAGACUCAGUGAAUAUAUCAGGACAGUCCAGUACAAACACACUAAAGGUACCUGAAUGCCGGCUAGCAGAAGAUCUAGGAAAUCUCUGGGAAACAACAAGAUUUACAGAUUGUAGCUUUUAUGUAGGUGGAGAAGAGUUCAAAGCUCAUAAAUCUGUUCUUGCAGCUCGUUCACCUGUUUUUAAUGCAAUGUUUGAACACGAAAUGGAGGAAAGCAAAAAGAAUCGUGUAGAAAUAAAUGAUGUAGACCCUGACGUUUUUAAAGAGAUGAUGAGGUUCAUUUAUACUGGGAAAGCUCCAAACCUUGACAAAAUGGCCGACAGCUUGUUGGCAGCAGCAGACAAAUAUGCACUGGAACGGCUAAAGAUCAUGUGUGAAGAAGCUCUGUGUAGUAACCUCUCAGUAGAAAAUGUUGCAGACAUCCUCAUCCUCGCAGAUUUGCACAGUGCGGAGCAGUUGAAAGCACAAGCAAUAGAGUUUAUUAACAGGUGCAGUGUUCUUAGGCAACUUGGUUGUAAAGAUGCGAAAAACUGGAACAGCAACCAAGCCACGGACAUCAUGGAAACGGCCGGCUGGAAGUCAAUGAUCCACUCCCACCCCCACUUAGUAGCUGAGGCCUUUCGAGCGUUAGCAUCUGCACAGUGUCCACAGUUUGGCAUUCCACGCAAACGACUAAAACAGUCAUGAAAUCUUCCAUGAACUAUAGAGAAUAUAAGACUCCUCAUCCCUGUCCAGAGGGGUUUCCACAGACCAUCUGCCAGAAUUUGCUACCCCCUGUCCACAGAACAGAAAGCUUUUAAGAGUGGAUAAUAAUAUAUGGUUUAAUAAUCAGCUUUAAUUUAGACUGAUAACUCUCCAGUUCACUGAAAGGCCUUAACGUCAGUUACUCUAGUUCAUUUGUGGUUUUCUUUUUCCUCUUUCUUUUUAAAUUGUGCCUCGUCUUUUUGACUCGGCUAUGUAGGAUUGCACUAGCUCCAUAAUGCAGUAAUGCUGAUAAAUGAAGACCGUUCUUGAAAGGGAUCUUCCUUUUUUAAAAAAAACAAAACAAAACCCAAAAUGAAGAGUAUAAUUUGGUCUUGUGGUAACUGGAAGGUUUCAACUAGCCUCUUAUUAAAAGCGCUUGACUUGAGGGGCAGCAAGCACUCCAGUCAAAGUACUGUAUUUAGGGUGCAUCUGUCUACCUUCAGAGGGUGCUGCCAGGCAUGCUGUGGCAAUAUACUACUCUGAAUAUAAUUUAUUUUUCAUUGGUUCAGGUGAGUGAGAGAAAUAUGCAAUGUCUUGGCCCAGAAAUGUAUUUUGCUAGAAUUUCUAAAUGCUUACUCCGUGAGUGUCUCCAUCAGAUGUUAAAAGAAACACACAGUAACCCUUUUUGGCCUGUGUUCCUUCACGAUUCGUUGCUAUUUUACAUUUACAUUGUACUGAACCAGAGCGAAAGCUAGUAUGGAGAGAGAACAAGUGAUAAAUGCUGGGGAAGAAGUGGUUAUUUCUCACAUGGGAUACAUGGAAGGUCAAGGAUGCAUAAGAAUGACCAAAUGUAAAUUUCAGAAAUGGGCCAAAUUAUGGAUUCUCAGUAUGCACUUUUAAUGUGUAACUUUUGUAUGUUGUGUGGUACAUAUAUAUUUUGGUUUUGAUAAAUAUGGUACAGCAAUUGUGGCCUAACUUUUGAAAUACAUUAAGAUGCCCACAGCCACAUGGGAUUUAGUUUUGUUACUGCAAACAAGGAAAGCAUGACUUUAGAGAUGUUGAUUAAAGUGACUAUCUCAAGUGUUCAUGUUAGAAUCCAUUCUAUUUUCACACUUUGGGCAGGCUUAGCUAUGUUCCUUUGGUGUGUGUAUGCACAAGCCUGUUCACACUAGUGGAAGUUGCACAGACACACACUUAACAGGAAGAAUAGGAGUCUGAAAUGUCAGUAUUUAUAAGCACUGACUUGCUGUUUUUAGCAUUUGCUAUUGUACUAGCAUUGUGGAUGGUAUUGAAAUUCUGCAUAAUGUGAAAAGGAUAUAACAACCUGUAAACUGCUUGUAAAGGGCCAGUUUUUCUAUACAAACCUUUGCUUUAAUGCCACCACUUCCAGUGUUUUUGCUAGCUUUGUUUACAGUUGGGAGGAUUUGUCUGCAGCAGUGCACAUUUGUAAACGCUUCUUGAAUGAUUGACAGUGAAUUUUACUUUAAACCUGGUGAUGUGCUAGAUCUGUUGUGUGGUAAAAGUUGUAUUUAACCAUAGGAAAAGGGAAUUGCUCUGAAUUUUUAACUAAAUAUUUUAAUUGACCCGUUUGAUUCACAUGCUUACUCUAUUAAGGGAUUUUUUACCUCCUCAAAACGUGCCUCCUUUCUGUUUUCAGUGAGGAGCAUUGACAUGUUUAAAGUUCUCGAGCAUGUUUAUUAAUUUGAGUAAACAUUUAUUAAAGAACAGUUGGGGGCAAGCAGAGUGUUCCCAAGCCAGCACAGUGCUAAAA